AUGCCGGUGGUAGCCAAAUCUGACUACGGCUUCACCACAGACAAAAUAAAAGAAUUUGAAGAGGCAUUCAAUGUGUUUGACAAGGACGGAAAUGGGAUGAUUACCACGGAAGAAUUGGGAGAAGUUCUCAGAUCGCUCGGCGAACGACCAACAUAUUUUGAACUCAAGGACGCUAUGGAAGCAAUGGACGGAGAUCGAAGCGGCACGAUAGAAUUUGACGAAUUUUUAAGUAUGAUGUCCAAAAACAAAAGCAGGGAUCCGGAGAAAGAAUUGUUGGACGUGUUUCACGUUUUCGACCAAAACGGCGACGGGCACAUAGACGCAGACGAACUUUACGACGUCUUAACAAAAAUAGGCGAAGUCAUAACAAAGGCGGAGGUUCGUGAAAUGAUUCAAGAAGCUGAUGUUGACGGUGACGGCACAGUAAAUUUUACAGAGUUUAAAAGGAUUCUGACGGCGAAAUAAGUAAACCCAAUAUCUGACUAUCAUCUGUGAUUCUGGGAACUGGCAUGGCGUUGGAGUUGCGCAACGUUAAAACGUGACGGAAAGGCCCCCUACUGAGCCAGGCAGGAGAAACGACUUUAUGCAAUAAAAAACUUGGGUUCUUAUUAACAUCAAGACUACACAACCGGCCUGACUCUGUAGAUCAUGUACCGAGUGUGUCUGUGAAGAAUUCAAAAGGUUUUCCGAAAAAAAAAAACGACGUGUCUUAAAACGCCAGCAAAGAAACAAGAGGCAGCGACGGUGCAAGUCCGACCCGUCUUAAGGCACCAAAGCGUCGAUAUUCAAUCUUCUGUUAAUUUGACAU